GACAAGGUCGGCAUGUUCUCCGCCGCGACUUCCGUAGCACCGUCCAUCUACGAGAAGGGCUCCGACGCCCAGGGUCCCACCGCAGAGGACCUACUCGACGUCCCGCCCGACGGCGGCCGCGGUUGGCUCGUCGUUCUCGGCUGCGUUAUCUACUCCGGCGCAACCGUCGGAUGGGGGUAUGUCUGGGGAGUGACGGAGGAAUACCUCAAGGCCCAUGUUUUCCCCGACGCCUCAGACGCUCUCCUCAGCACACUCGGUAGCAUAUCCGGUAUGACUAUGACCCUGCUCAGCGUCAUUCCUGGGAAGCUCGCAGAUCGCUAUGGUUAUAAGCCUUUCUUGGCCAUGGCAGGCGUGCUGUGGACGCUUUCCAUGCUACUAUGCGCGUUUUCGACACAGCUUUGGCACUUUUUCGUAGUCAUGGGCUUGGUGCAAGGCAUCGCCAACGCCCUUACCUUCCCCCUGAUCGUCGCGUUGCCGUCACAGUGGUUCCUGAAGUAUCGUGCGCUAACGACCGGCAUCGUGGUCGCGGGCAGUUCAGUCGGGGGUGGCGUGUCCAGCCUGGUGUUCCGCGCGUUGUUGACCAAGCUCGGCCUCCGCAACGCGUUCCUCAUCUACACCGCCAUCGACGGCGUGCUUCUUCUCGCUGCGUACUUCAUGAUCUCCGAACACCGUAAUAAGUCACAACGAAAGCCGAUCAUCUGGUUUGACAGGUCGUUUUUCAUUGACCCCGUGUUUUGGAGUCUGGGCGGCUGCUUCUUCUUCACUGUGUUUGGUUAUCUUUCUCCAAUCUUCUUCCUCCCGACCUACGCCAAGGCGAGGAUCCCGAAUCUUUCUCCCUUGCUUGCGACGGCUCCCAUAACGGUACUCAACUUUGCCGCUGCCUUCGGUCGCACCCUCGUUGGCUUCAUGGCCGACCGCAUCGGGCCCGUGAACUCGCUUUGGAUCGUUGUCAUGCUCUCUGGGCUCACUCAACUCCUGGUAUGGACGUUCGUGUCCACCUAUGCAGGCAUUAUUUCCUUCGCUGCCAUAUACGGCUUCGUCUGCGGCUGUUUCCUGUCGCUUUCCCCUGCCGUAUGCGCCCAGCUGUACGGCUCGGGAAGGCUCGCCGGCCUCUCGGGCCUGAUGUUGCUGUUCAACCUACCCGGUAACGGCGCGGGAGCCCCGAUCGGUGGUGCUAUUCAGAGCGCGACGGGCAGCUGGCUCGCCGUGUCGCUCUACUCUGGCGCACUGCAGAUCGCUGGAGCCGGGGUGCUCUUGUACGCCCGGUUCAAGAGAGAACCAAAGGUAUUCGCUCGCUACUAA